AUGGCCGUGCGACUUGGUGUAUUUCUCCCGGAAUGGGCCUGCAGUCUGGGUGACGAUAUGGACAGUGAUCAGUUGUUCCAAGGAGUUUUCGGCUUUUACCAGCUCAUCUUUGGCAAAAAUAUCUUAGAGAACGACAUGCGUGAGAAAGUUGUUCGCUCACUUGUGAAGCAUCUGAUAAUAAAAGGAGCCGACAGAUUGGAAGAUAUCCACAGUAUUGAAGAUCCAAGAGAGCACGACUUUGAAGCGUCGCCGAUGGUUCGUCUCUUUGUUCAUCGUGUAGCUUUUCGCGUUAAACCCAUGAACAAAUUAAUAACGGUCACGUUGACAAACUUUCUUACUGACAAUUUCUUCCUGCCAAGUGUCGAAAAUCUCGAUGCAUUGACUUACAGAUUGGGUGCCGCCGCACAGCUAACCUAUUUGACGGACGCUUCGCUGAUGGAAACCAGCAAGAAGAAAGCGAAGCCUGCUCAAAAUCAACAAACGGAGGGAGUCCGUCAGCUGCUUUCACUCCUACGCGAUCGACUGAGUGAGCUUAUUCAACGGGAUGGAAAGACGAUUGAAAUGGAUAAUGGAUCGCAAGCACAAUCGCAAAUCAACAAUGAAGGACUGCUUUCUCAGGUAAAACGAUUGAUCGAGUUUGAGGAACCGACAGCUUUUGACGAA